AUGUACACGCUCUCCAACGUAGCGAAGCACCACUUCUCGGGCACAGAAGACGUCUAUGUGCUCGACCUGCACCGGACGUCGGCGGGGCUCGCGGCCAUCACUUCGGACCAGCAGCUGACACUGCUUGAUCCCACACAGUUUGGCGGCGGCGGCCCCGCGGCGAGCUGGCAGGUCGAGCACGGCAACGUGACGACGCUUCGAGUCUUUGACGCCGACAAUGGUCUCGUCUGCACCGCGGGCGAGGAUGGGAGCGUCGGCGUGUGGGACCUGAGGAGUCGCGGCCCCGGUGCGCGGGUCGCCCAGUUCAAAGCCGCCGCGGCCUCGAUCCUGAGCAUGGCCUGCAGUCCGAGCACGCAGACGAUUGCUGUGGGCACCGAGCUCGCGAACCACGUGGCCUCGGUGCACCUGUGGGAUGUACGGUCGACGCCGUCGCCCAAGGCAGAGUACCAAGAGGUGCACUCGGACGACGUGACAACGCUCCGCUUCCACCCCUCAGACCCGGCACUGUUGCUGAGCGGUUCGACCGACGGCCUCGUCAACGUCUACGACACGCGCCAGCCGGACGAAGACGAGGUGACGCUGCAGACGCUCAACCACAACGCCUCCAUCCACGAUGCCGGCUUUCUCUCCGCCACGGAGAUCUUUGCCCUUUCGCACGAUGAGCACUUUGCCCUCUACGACGUGUCCGACGAGAACCCGACGGGCGACGCCUCGCAAACUUUUGGCGACCUGCGCGAGACGCUCGGCGGCGGCACCCAGUACGUUGCCGGCGUGACGCCCAAGACGGACGGAAGCGGUGCCAUCAUCGGCGCCGGAUCACAAGACAAGCAAACGUUUGAGCUCAUCUUCAUGGCCCGCCACCCGGCCGAGCCGUCAUGGGUUCUGGACCGAGGCAAUAGCGUGAGCUUGCCGCGGGCGCACGGCGACGAGAUUGUCCGUUCCUUUUGCUUCUUUGACGAUGAGAAGCUGGUCUUCACGGCCGGGGAGGACGGAAAUAUCAAGGCAUGGCGUCCCGGGAGCUAA